AUGUUUGUCACGGAUAUUCGGAAAGAAUUUUAUGAAGUUGUUGCUAACCAGAGAGUUGCGCUCCUGGUGGCGCCAGAUAUUGAUGCUCUUUGUGCCUGUAAGAUCCUUCAGGCCUUGUUCCACUGCGACCAGAUUCAGUAUACCCUAGUGCCAGUGACUGGAUGGCAGGACCUUGGAACUGCCUUCUUCGAACACAAAAAACAAUUUAGGUAUUUUGUCCUAAUCAACUGCGGUGCCAACGUUGACCUCCUUGAGAUGCUGCAACCAGACGAUGACUCCAUUUUAUUUAUUUGUGACACACACCGGCCUGUUGAUGUGGUUAAUGUCUACAAUGACACUCAGAUAAAACUGCUAAUAAAACAAGAUGAUGACUUGGGCGUGCCCCUCUAUGAUGAAAUAUUUCGGGAUGAUGAAGAUGAGGAGGAGGAAGAGGGAAACGACUCCGGAAACGAGAGCGAUAACGGCUCCGAGCCAUCUGGCAAACGGAGGAGAUUUGACGAAGGGGAAAUUGAGAGGAGAAUCGAGAGGCAACGUGAGAAGAGGGAGUGGGAAGCACGGCGGAAAGAAAUCCUAUUUGACUACGAGCAGUAUGAAUACCAUGGCACAUCUGCAGCCAUUAUGUUCUUUGAACUUGCCUGGGUGUUGACUAAAGACACUAAAGAUAUGCUCUGGUGGGCUGUCAUCGGACUAACAGACCAGUGGGUUCAUGAUAAAAUCACAAAUAUGAAAUAUGUAACCGACAUCGGCACAAUGCAGCGGCACGUGUCCAGACAUAACCAUCGGAACGAAGAUGAGGAGAACUCUCUUUCCAUCGACUGCAUGAGGAUCUCCUUUGAGUACGACCUACGUCUGACGCUCUACCAGCACUGGUCACUAUACGAGAGCAUCAGUAAUUCAUGUUACACGUCCUGCCACUUUAAACUGUGGACUUUAAACGGCCAGAAGAAGCUGCAGGAGUUCCUGGCCGACAUGGGUCUGCCUCUGAAGCAAGUGCGGCAAAAAUUCACCUCAAUGGACAUGUCCAUCAAAGAGAACCUGCGAGAAGUGAUCGAGGAGUCUUCCAAUAAAUUUGGAUUGAAAGAUAUACGUAUACAGACAUUUGGUGUCCACUUUGGCUUCAAGAACCGUUUUCUGGCCAGCGACAUGGUGCAUGCAUCCACAGCUUUACUUGAGAGCACAGAGAAAGAUAAGAGUGAGACAGACAACUUCAUCAAAGCUCUAGACUCACUUUCAAGGAGCAAUUUGGAGCGUCUCCACUUGGGCAUUGACCUGGCUAAGAAGAAGCUGAUAGCUAUCCAACAGACCGUCGCCAGCUGCAUCUGCACCAACCUUAUCUUGUCGCAAGGACCAUUCCUCUACUGUUACCUCACGGAGGGCACCCCUGAUGUCAAGCUAUUUUCUAAACCCAUGGCCUUGACACUACUCUGCAAGUACCUUCUUAAAGCAUUCAUCCAAUCAACGAGGAAUAAGCGGUGCAGGUUGCUCCCGCUCAUCAUGGCCGCUCCCAAGGAUGUGGACAAAGGGACCGUCCUUGUCGUGGGAAUCCCACCCGAUGCAGAAACAUCUGACAAAAAGAAUUUCUUUGGCAGAGCAUUUGAGAAAGCUGCAGAAAGCACCAGCUCCAGAACACUACAUGACCACUUUGACACAUCCAUUAUUGAACUGAAGACAGAAGACCGAAGCAAGUUCCUUGAUGCACUCAUAACUCUUCUGUCCUGA